UCGGCAUAAAGCGACACCAUCUCUGCAUUUCCUUCCAACUUUUUCAAAACCUCUCUUCCCUUCUGCUAUUCAUUUCUUUUUUUUCUCUCUCUAGAAUUUCUUCCAAUCCACGUCUCCGUUUUCAGCCAGGAAUCAGCUCCGCCCCACCCACCUCCGCCGCCGCUUUGGAUCUUUAAAACCCCGGUAAAGCCCCUUGCAAACCCCUCUAAUUCUAUCGAUUCUUUGUUGUUUUUUUAAUGGCCGAUUGCAAGAAUCAAGGAAUGGAGUACCUGGAUAAAUCCCAAAAAGCCGACACCAAGAGCAGUACGUCGUCGAUUUUCAAUCGGUCGGUGACUUUCGGUUCUCCGUCUUCGGCGGCGGCGGCGGCGGCGGUGCAAGUUACCAAUAAGCCCUUGUACAACCUCUAUAGUACCCCGGCGUUCCAGCGCACCGGCUCAAUCAAGAGUCUCUACAGCUCCCCCUUUGGCUCGAUGGUUUCCGCCGGGAAUUCGUUGAAGGGCAAGGUCAGAAAAUUAUGUUCGAUUUUUGAAUCCCCAAAACACCCCUCAAACCCUCCGAGUCCCCAACCUUCGCCCACAUCCACAAAACCCCCGAAGCUGUUGUUGACAGCAUCGGAUUCUUCGAAUUUCGUUUCCAAAAGUAUCCCUUCUCCGGUUUCGGAUUCUCCAUUCCGGCUGCCCGGCACCGAGGACAGGGUCGUAAUUUACUUCACCAGCCUCCGAGGAAUACGGAGAACGUUUCAGGACUGCCACAGUAUACGUAUGAUUUUUCGAGGGUUUCGUGUAAAUCUUGAUGAGAGGGAUAUUUCAAUGGAUAUCGCCUAUAAGAAAGAAUUACAAAGAGUGUUGGGCGAAAAUAAUGUGAGCUUGCCUCAGGUGUUCAUUAAGGGGAAAUACAUUGGGGGAGCCGAUGUGGUAAAGCAGUUGCUUGAGGCUGGUGAGCUGGUGAGGCUGAUCAAGGGUUUGCCUCUGCGACCGCCAAAGCCUUGUGAUGCAUGUGAUGAUAUGAGGUUUAUCCCAUGCACAAAUUGCAAUGGAAGUCGCAAAGUGUUUGAUGAGGAAGAGGAAAAGCCAAUAAGGUGUACAGAGUGCAACGAAAAUGGGCUGGUCCGGUGUCCGCUCUGCUGCUCAUGAAGCAGCAAAUGUGAGUGGGCUUUUAAUUACUAUUAGGAAAAAAAUGUGUGUUGAUAUGAUGCGCGAUUAUAGUUUUUUGGGUGUUGGAAUGUUAUGAUUCACGAUAUAUUUCCAGAUGCCAUGCUGAGGAAAUCAGCUGUGUAUAUAGUAGUAGUUGUAUUGUAAACUUAGGUGAAUAUCGGUUGUUCGCCUUGUUGGUUUGUAAAGCUCACUGCUUAUAUUUGGGUAGCCAUGGUGCUGAGGUUUGCACUUAUGGUUGAUAAGCUGCAUUAUUUUUGCAGCUUAUGAUGGAAUUUAACGAUAACGAUAUUGUAUUGAUUAAUAAUGUUGAUGACUUGACUGGACCUCUGGUUUUUGUCAAGAAUGAUCGAUGCAUCAUCAUCUACUUUCUUUUUCUCUUA